CCCGCUGCUGUCUCUGCAGCCGCGGGCGAGAGCGGCCGAGUCCCCGCCCCGCCACUUCCGGUCCCGCCGCCGGGAGCCGGUGCGGCUGUGAGGGGCCGCGUCUUGCAGCAGCCGCCCGGGCCGGGCAUGGUGUUGGGCGCCGGACCCGCCUCGCCUGUCUCGGGGAGCCCAGGGUAAAGGCAGCAGUAAUGCUAACGCUAGCAAGCAAACUGAAGCGUGACGAUGGUCUCAAAGGGUCCCGGACGGCAGCCACAGCGUCCGACUCGACUCGGAGGGUUUCUGUGAGAGACAAAUUGCUUGUUAAAGAGGUUGCAGAACUUGAAGCUAAUUUACCUUGUACAUGUAAAGUGCAUUUUCCUGAUCCAAACAAGCUUCAUUGUUUUCAGCUAACAGUAACCCCAGAUGAGGGUUACUACCAGGGUGGAAAAUUUCAGUUUGAAACUGAAGUUCCCGAUGCGUACAACAUGGUGCCUCCCAAAGUGAAAUGCCUGACCAAGAUCUGGCACCCCAACAUCACAGAGACAGGGGAAAUAUGUCUGAGUUUACUGAGAGAACAUUCGAUUGAUGGCACUGGCUGGGCUCCCACAAGAACAUUAAAGGAUGUCGUUUGGGGAUUAAACUCUUUGUUUACUGAUCUUUUGAAUUUUGAUGAUCCACUGAAUAUUGAAGCUGCAGAACAUCAUUUGCGGGACAAGCCCCUUGGGCCGGAUACCAUUAUGAUCCCUGUUUUGCUGCUGAGGACACAGCUGCCAAGAAGCUGAGAUUCGCCAUGGAGGACUUCCGGAAUAAAGUGGACGACUACAUCAAGCGUUAUGCCAGAUGAUAAAAGGGGACGAUUGCAGGCCCAUGGACUGUGUUACAGUUUGUCUCUAACGUGAAACAGCAAGAGGUAGCCCCCUCUCCCGUCCUCAUGCUCCCUCUCAGUCCCCUGGAUUGCCCCAGUCCUGUGACCAUGUUGCCCUGAAGAAGACCAUCUUCAUGACUGCUCAUUGUAGAUGGAGAAUUCAACAUAAAUACAGCAAGAAAAUGUGUUUGGGCUUCUGAAGAGUUGUCUGCUUACCUUAACAUGUUUACUUUUUUGAACUUGUACUGUAUAGGCUGUUGGUGAAAUUUUUAAGAAGUUGUAAUGAACUCAAAAUUGAGGCCAGAGCUUGCUUUCCCUUUUCCCAAACAAAAUUGGUUUUCUGCACAAGCGAUGCUAAUGAUGUGUUCAGUGUAACUUGCAGAUUGGCAAUAAGAUACCCGCUACAAACUGUGAUUGGAUGCAAAAUCUCUUAGCUUUUUCACGAAUGUUGGCCCUGCCUAGAUGUUGUGAAGCUUCCCAGAAUGCAUAGUCAUUCACUGUAGAUCUCUUAUUGAAAUGCGUAUUUUAUUUAAUGUAAGUAUAUUUUGGAACAGAUUUGUAAUUUGUACAAUUUAAUGCUUUAAUUAUUUUUUCUAUUCUCAUUUAGUUUGUAUUUUCAUUGUAUAGAGCAGACAGAAAGAUGUUGGGUCAAGCAACUAUUGAAGAGAAAUACAAAGAAAAUAUGAAAGGCACAUUAUUCAUUUUGUCCAAAUGCAAUGAGAAUCUCACUCUUAAAAAUCAGCUCUUGCUUUCAGGUCCAGAUGUGGCGAGGACGUUUUGGAGCCCUUUGAAGCUAGAUUUGGAUGACCAAAACAAAAAGGCAGGGAGCCCAUUGUAACAUGCUGCCCAGAGGAAACUGGCUGGAACCUGGACCAGCUGGGGUUGAUGUUUCUGCAGUGGUCAUGUGAUUGUGACCUGGUAGCUACUUACCAGAGCAUCAGACCCUGCUGUCCUGGGAGACAGGAGCGAUGCCUCAGGAAUCAGCCUAAUGUCUGAUGUCACUGAGACUGUACCUAUGGCCUUCUUCUGAGUUUGCUAUGGCUCCAGGCCCUGCCUGUGGGGUGAGCCUCCUAGGCCUUGGAGGACCAAGAGUCAACAGUGGCAUAUGCUAUCCUCGGCCAGGUCAAUGUACUGCAGAGGAAGAGCCCUGAAGAGAGGCAAGUGGAUUUACUCCAGCAUGUAGACAUUUGAACCAGUGAAAUCAAACGCAAAAUAAAUGUCUGUCUAGUUUCA